CAUUCGCAUAUGCAAAUUUUAGUGCGCGAACAUCCGAAAUUUCUAGCGUGUUCUCGAUAACCGGUUUCGGUUUCUUACCCAUCCCGUGUGCAUUUUACGGUCUCCAAAGUGUACCAAAGAUUCGGUUCCUCCCCGGUGUGUUGAUCCCGAUUUGCCCGACAGUUUCCCCGCUGGAUUUUUGCCCCUUUGGUCGAAGAUAACCUCGGCAGAGAAGCCACCCACAAAGUGACCCCGUUUACGCCCGUUAAACCCGCCCCGUCAUCGCCGGUGGCCUAAAGGACUAGUGCCCAUCCCGUACCGUCUGAAUAGCACCCCGAUCGCCCAACAUUCUGGUGCCGUGACCAGGAUUUCUGGUCUUCCCGUUCCCGAGCACGUGGGAAACAUAACCCCACUUCUAGUCGCUCUCGUAUGCACAACACCCGUCCGGAGGUUUCUCCAGUUGCUGGUUCCAGAUCAAAAACCAUACAAGGCCUCUAAACAAGAGGUACCAGCCGUGCUGCGUAGUGAUCGACGACGUUUAUAAGUGGCUACGGGAUGGCCGAUGAAAAGCGCUUGAAGGCCAAGGAGGCGAAACGGCGGAAUGCAAUCGACGUCUUCAAACGAAUGGACCUGUUCCUCGCCGGCUACGUCCCAGAGCAACAUCAACGUGAGGUUGCCCCCCGCUUGGAUCGUUUGGAGAAAGUAUGGGAGAUAUUUGAGAUUGUGCAGGACGAAUGUGAAGAGCUGGAUGAUGCGGAGGAAUCUGUGAAGACAAACCUCGAGCUACGUGGUCAAGUAGAAGCGCUAUACUUUCGUGUGAAGGCAGGUCUCAUAGCGAAAAUGCCAGCUAAACCGCCGGCUCCAGCAAAUCCCGGACCUUCGUCAGCGCCAGUCGCUCCGUCGCCUCUGGCCAACGUUAAGCUACCCACCAUAUCACUCCCCGAGUUUGAUGGCGAUUUUAAUACCUGGUUGACCUUCCACGACACCUUUCUAUCGAUGAUUCAUUCAUCGACAGAAAUUUCCCAGGUGCAGAAAUUUCAUUAUCUGCGAGCCGCUUUGAAGGGUGAAGCGGCCAACGCAAUCCAGUCGAUCACGAUAACGGCCAACAAUUACGCGGUCGCUUGGGACACACUGGUCAACCGGUACUCCAACAUGGCCAUCCUUCGGAAAAAGCACAUUCGUGCCCUCCUCAAGUACCCCAAAAUCCCGCACAACAAUGUGGAUGCCCUUCACAAGGUCGUCGACGAGUUUCAGCGCCACACCAAAGUUCUGGAGCAGCUUGGUGAGCCAGUGGCGCAGUUUUGCUCCAUUUUAAUCGAGUUGCUGGAGGAUUAGCUAGACGAUGCUUCGUUGACGGCUUGGGAGGAAUCGA